CGGAGUCUCUGCCAAUGAGAUUAAACGGGUGGGUUCUAUUUUAAGGGCGUAGGGUGGUGCUGCUGUAUUUAAACCCCCAUCUCGGGGAUGUUUGAUUCAGAAGCACCUUAAGGAGAAUUUUGACGAAGGUUGGUUUGCAGCGAUCAUCACAGUCUCUUCCAAAAUGUCUGACAAGCCGGUCAUUAAAGAGGAUGUGGAGAAGUUCAACAAGAAGAGUCUGAAGAGGGUUAGUACUGAGGAGAAGAACACGCUUCCAAACCAAGAAACCAUCGAGCAGGAGAAGAAAUUAAAUGCUGAAGGGAGAACAUGAAGGAGGAACGGUCCUGCACCAGCUGCGCAUUCCCUGCGUCUUUACCUGUCCUCCAUCACUUCAACACUUUCACAGCACUCCUUUUGGGCAGGGCUGGGGGAACAGAGGGAGCAACUGCAGACCAUGUGCUAGUGUAGCUUGUAAAAAUCUGCUUUGUGAUUUCACUGCGGGAGGGGAAAGGGGGUUCAUCGCUGACACAUCUUUAAGUGUUCACAUGGGAUUUCCAGCUAGUAUGUAGUGGAUAGAUGUCUUCAAAGAUUAACAUGUAUUGUAUCUGGUGCCACGUAAUUUGUCUUCCUUUUUAAGAAAUGUAUAAAAUAAAUAAUAAAAAAAUACAAAAUGUAAA